GUGGAGCGGCGCUGAGACCUGCGCGGCCGUGACCCCGCGGCUCCCCCGAGGCCGAGCGCCGCCGCCGCCGCGGACAAAGGAGCAUGUUGGCGCCGAGGAGGGCCCGUCCUCCGGCCGCCAUGAGGCUCCGGGCGCCGCCGGGCCCGCGCCGCGCCCCCGCGCGCCCGGGCGCCGGGCCGGCCCGCUAGGCCAGCGCGCCGCCGCUCGGCCCGCAGGCCCCGGCCCGCCCGCAGCAUGGAACCGCCCGGGCGCCGGCGGGGCCGCGCGCCGCCGCCGCUGCUGCCGCCGCUCGUGCUGCUCGUGUUGCUGGGAGGCGGCCGCGGCGCCGCGGCGCUGCCCCCGGGCUGCAAGCACGACGGGCGGCCCCGAGGGGCCAGCAGGGCGGCGGGCGCCGCCGAGGGCAAGGUGGUGUGCAGCAGCCUGGAGCUCGCGCAGGUCCUGCCCCCGGACACGCUGCCCAACCGCACGGUAACCCUGAUUCUGAGUAACAAUAAAAUAUCCGAGCUGAAGAAUGGCUCAUUUUCUGGGUUAAGUCUCCUUGAAAGAUUGGACCUCCGGAACAAUCUUAUUAGUAGUAUAGAUCCAGGUGCCUUUUGGGGACUGUCGUCGCUAAAAAGAUUGGACCUGACAAACAAUCGAAUAGGAUGCCUGAAUGCAGACAUAUUUCGAGGACUCACCAACCUGGUUAGGCUAAACCUUUCAGGGAAUUUGUUUUCUUCAUUAUCGCAAGGAACUUUUGAUUAUCUUGGCUCAUUACGGUCUUUAGAAUUUCAGACUGAGUACCUCUUGUGUGAUUGUAACAUAUUGUGGAUGCAUCGCUGGGUGAAGGAGAGGAACAUCACUGUGCGUGACACGCGCUGUGUGUAUCCUAAGUCUCUGCAGGCCCAGCCGGUCACAGGGGUGAAGCAGGAGUUGUUGACAUGCGACCCUCCCCUUGAAUUACCGUCUUUCUACAUGACUCCAUCUCAUCGUCAAGUUGUGUUUGAAGGAGACAGCCUUCCCUUCCAGUGCAUGGCUUCAUAUAUUGAUCAGGACAUGCAAGUGUUAUGGUAUCAGGAUGGACGAAUAGUUGAAACUGAUGAAUCACAAGGUAUCUUUGUUGAAAAGAACAUGAUUCACAACUGCUCGUUGAUUGCAAGCGCCCUAACCAUCUCUAAUAUUCAGGCUGGAUCAACUGGAAAUUGGGGCUGUCAUGUCCAGACUAAACGUGGGAACAAUACGAGAACUGUCGAUAUUGUGGUAUUAGAAAGCUCUGCACAGUACUGUCCUCCCGAGAGGGUAGUCAACAAUAAAGGUGAUUUCAGAUGGCCCAGAACCCUGGCGGGCAUUACUGCAUAUCUGCAGUGUACUCGGAAUACCCACAGCGCUGGGAUCUAUCCUGGAAACCCGCAGGAUGAGCGGAAGGCUUGGCGCAGAUGUGACAGAGGGGGCUUUUGGGCAGACGAUGAUUAUUCUCGCUGCCAGUACGCAAACGAUGUCACUAGAGUCCUUUAUAUGUUUAAUCAGAUGCCCCUCAAUCUGACUAACGCUGUGGCCACAGCCCGACAGUUAUUGGCUUACACCGUGGAAGCAGCCAACUUUUCUGACAAGAUGGAUGUUAUAUUUGUGGCUGAAAUGAUAGAAAAAUUUGGAAGAUUUACCAAAGAGGAAAAAUCAAAAGAGCUAGGUGAUGUGAUGGUUGACAUUGCAAGUAACAUCAUGUUGGCUGAUGAGCGUGUUCUGUGGCUGGCACAGAGGGAAGCUAAAGCCUGCAGUAGAAUCGUUCAGUGUCUGCAGCGCAUCGCUACGUACCGACUAGCGAAUGGAGCUCAUGUUUAUUCAACAUAUUCGCCCAAUAUUGCUCUGGAAGCUUAUGUCAUCAAGGCCACUGGCUUCACUGGGAUGACAUGUACCGUAUUCCAGAAAGUGGCAGCCUCUGACCGCACAGGCCUUGCUGACUAUGGGAGGCGGGAUCCGGAUGGAAACCUAGAUAAGCAGCUGAGCUUUAAGUGCAAUGUUUCAAAUACAUUUUCAAGUCUGGCACUAAAGAAUACUAUUGUGGAAGCUUCUAUUCAGCUUCCUCCUUCUCUUUUCUCACCAAAGCAAAAAAGAGAAGUCAGACCCACUGAUGACUCUCUCUAUAAGCUUCAACUCAUCGCAUUCCGCAACGGAAAGCUUUUUCCAGCCACCGGGAAUUCAACAAAUUUGGCUGAUGAUGGAAAACGGCGUACAGUGGUUACUCCCGUGAUUCUCACCAAAAUAGAUGGUGUGAAUGUGGAUACCCACCACAUCCCUGUUAAUGUGACACUGCGUCGAAUUGCACACGGAGCAGAUGCCGUGGCCGCCCAGUGGGAUUUUGAUUUGCUGAACGGACAAGGAGGCUGGAAGUCAGACGGGUGCCAUAUACUCUACUCAGAUGAAAAUAUCACUACCAUUCAGUGCUACUCCCUUAGUAACUAUGCAGUUUUAAUGGAUUUGACGGGAUCUGAACUGUACACCCAGGCAGCCAGUCUCCUGCAUCCCGUGGUUUACACCACUUCCAUCAUUCUCCUCCUGUGCCUCCUGGCGGUCAUCGUCAGUUACAUGUACCAUCACAGUUUGAUUAGAAUCAGUCUCAAGGGCUGGCACAUGCUUGUGAACUUGUGCUUUCAUAUUUUCCUGACCUGUGUGGUCUUUGUGGGAGGAAUUACCCAAACCAGAAAUGCCAGCGUCUGCCAAGCGGUUGGAAUAGUUCUUCAUUAUUCCACCCUUGCUACAGUACUAUGGGUAGGAGUGACAGCUCGAAAUAUCUAUAAACAAGUUACUAAAAAAACGAAGAGAUGUCAAGAUCCUGAUGAACUGCCGCCUCCACCAAGACCAAUGCUCAGGUUUUACCUGAUCGGUGGUGGUAUACCCAUCAUAGUUUGUGGCAUAACAGCGGCAGCCAACAUCAAGAAUUAUGGCAGUCGGCCAAAUGCGCCCUAUUGCUGGAUGGCGUGGGAACCCUCCUUGGGAGCUUUCUAUGGGCCAGCCAGCUUCAUCACUUUCAUAAACUGUAUGUACUUUCUAAGCAUAUUUAUUCAGUUGAAAAGACACCCUGAGCGCAAAUAUGAGCUGAAGGAGCCCACCGAGGAGCAACAGAGGUUGGCAGCCAAUGAACAUGGCGAGGUAAAUCAUCAGGACUCCAUGUCUUUGUCUCUGAUUUCGACAUCAGCGUUGGAAAAUGAGCACACUUUUCAGUCUCAACUUUUGGGGGCCAGCCUUACUUUGCUGUUAUUUGUCGCUUUGUGGAUGUUUGGGGCCUUGGCUGUUUCUUUGUAUUACCCUUUGGACUUGGUUUUCAGCUUCUUCUUUGGAGCCACGUGUUUAAGCCUCAGUGCAUUCAUCAUGGUUCACCAUUGUGUCAGUAGGGAGGACGUCAGACUUGCAUGGAUCAUGACUUGCUGCCCAGGCUGGAGCUCUUACUCUGUACAAGUCAAUGUGCAGCCCCCCAACUCCACUGGGACAAGUGGAGAGGCACCCAAGUGCACCAAUAGCAGCACAGAAUCUUCAUGCACAAACAAGAGUGCAUCGAGCUUCAAAAAUUCCUCCCAGGGCUGCAAAUUGACAAACUUGCAGGCCGCUGCAGCUCAGUGCCAUACCAAUUCUCUGCCUUUGAAUGCCACGCCUCAGCUUGAUAAUAGUCUGACAGAACAUUCGAUGGACAAUGAUAUUAAAAUGCAUGUGGCGCCUUUGGAAGUUCAAUUUCGAACAAAUGUGCACCCAAGCCGCCAUCAUAAAAACAGAAGUAAAGGACACCGGGCAAGCCGACUCACAGUCCUGAGAGAAUAUGCCUACGAUGUCCCCACAAGCGUGGAAGGAAGUGUGCAGAACGGCUUACCGAAAAGUCGGCCGGGAAAUAACGAAGGACACUCGAGGAGUCGAAGAGCCUAUUUAGCCUACAGAGAGAGACAGUAUAACCCACCCCAACAAGACAGCAGUGAUGCUUGUAGCACACUCCCCAAAAGCAGCAGAAAUUUUGAAAAGCCUGUUUCAACUAGUAGUAAAAAAGAUGCAUUAAGGAAGCCAAUUGUAGUUGAACUUGAAAGUCAGCAGAAGUCUUAUGGCCUCAACUUGGCCAUUCAGAAUGGACCAAUUAAAAGCAAUGGGCAGGAUGGACCCUUACUGGGUAUGGAUAGCACUGGCAAUGUUAGGACUGGAUUAUGGAAACACGAAACUACUGUGUAGCGUUAGUGGGCUUCCUAGGCAGAAAUCCAUAUAAACUGUGAUAUUCACAUUCCUUUAAGCUAUGAACAUGUAAAAAACAAACUGUUUACAGCCUCCUUAGGGAUUCAAAAGAAUUUUGAAUAAACUUCUAAGUUUUGGAUUUUAUGUAUUUUAUAUCCCCCAGUUGUUGCUUUUUUAUGAAUUUUUUUUAAAAAACCCUCUAAAGCAUUAUUUUAGUUGUCAAAGCACCAGCAGGACAUUUUGGGAAUCUGAAAUGUAAUUUCUUGGAAUCUGUAAUAUCUACUUCUGUUUCAGGUGUGUAUUUAAUACAAUAAAUAGGUGUUUGUCAUUGUGUCAAUCUUA